AUGAAUUCGCGAAAACAACUGAAACGACGAUUUAAUUAUUUGUUGAAAAAUUUAUCAAUUUUGCUGUUGAAUGAGUUAAUAGAAAUGGUAGAAAAUGAGACAACUAAAAAUAAACGACAAUGGGUAAGAAAAUGGAUUGACGAUAGAAACGAAACUGGUGGCUCUGCUUUGUUGCUGAAGCAAUUGCGAUUUGAAGAUCCUGCGGAGUACAAACUGGCUAUGAGGAUGUCACCACAGAAUUUUGACGAAUUGCUGUCAAUGAUAUCGAGCUCUAUUCAACGACAUGAUACAUUCAUGAGAGAUGCUUUACCAGCCAAAAUUAAACUGGAAAUAACGCUGACAUUUUUGGCUUCAGGAAUGUACUAUCGGUUCCUUAGUCACUUUUAUCGUGUCUCAAAACCAGCAAUUUCUAAACUAAUACCAGAAGUGUGUUGGGCAAUAUAUACGGCACUAAAAACACAUAUUAAGAUUCCAGAACGAGAGGAAGAAUGGAAAAUUAUUGAAGGCGGUUUCAAUACCAAGUGGAAUUUCCCUUCGUGUUAUGGAGCAAUCGAUGGGAAGCAUAUUAUAAUUAAAGCUCCUCCAAAUAGUGGAAGUGAAUUUUAUAAUUAUAAAAAAACCAAUAGUACAGUAUUGUUAGCACUUGUAGACCACGACUAUUGUUUUUCAUAUAUAGACGUUGGAGCGAAUGGAAACGCCUCUGAUGGAGGUGUUUUCAAAAAUUCCUCAUUAUAUCGUCGGUUGGAAGAUGGAUUGCUUCCUACAAAUGGAGUAAUAGUUGGUGAUGCAGCAUUUCCACUGAAGAAUUAUUUACUAAAACCCUAUCCAGGUACGCAGCUAAGUACUGCCGAGAAAGUCUUUAACUACAGGUUGUCGCGUGCAAGGCGCAUAAGUGAAAAUGCUUUUGGUAUACUGGUUUCUAGAUUCCGAGUGUUCGAAAAAGCAAUUCCAACCCAUGUGGACACAGUUGAUGCCAUUGUCUGUGCAGCCUGUGCCCUGCAUAAUUGGUUGCGAAAGCGUUCAAGUUCCUACAUAACAUCUACUUGUGUAGACAGAGAGGACAAUGAUGGACAAAUAAUAGAAGGAACAUGGAGAUCGGAAAUAAAUCCACUAUCAAGCAUUUCAGAACAACAAAGAGGCAACCAUUCCAUGACUGCUAAAGAAAAAAGAGACCUAUAUAGGAACUUCUUCAUGAGUGCUGGACGUGUGCCAUGGCAAUUGGAUAGAAUUCAUUAAUUUUGUAUAGGUACCUAGGAUGGAAAUAAAAUAAAUAAGUUACAAUAAAUA